GAAGCCCCGCCCCCGCGCGACGCGCAAAUCUGCCGUCAAAGUUCGACGCUCUUGUUUGUCGCGGCCAGCGCCGGAGUCUCGCGAGAUGCGGAGCUUGGCUGCGGAGACUGGGGCGGCGGGCAGCUGAGCUUCCCGGACUGUUGCUCACCUGGUCGUGCCAGCGGAUGAAGAACCAUCAGCUCAGUGACACGGGUGACACGGCGGCUGGGACCAUGUCGUGGGCCUCACCUGCAGACGGCUGCUGAGUGAGGAGAGGGAUAUCGGUUGACCCUUCUCUGCAUCUAAGUCGAGUUAUUGCUGAACCCUGACACGCUCUCCCAGUGAAUGGACUAUGAGCACUUGGACUUGGACGACGGGCCUUUCGCCCCUUUGCCCCCUCCGGCCUCGCCGGGAGAAGCCGAACCCGAAGCUGAAGCGGAACCGGCUGCAGAGGCGAGAAGAGUUCCCGUCCCUGCGAGGAGAGCCGCUAAGCGGAGUGCCCCCCGGCUGGACGCCCAGAGGUUAAUUUCAGAAAGAGGGCUUCCAACACUAAGGCAUGUGUUUGAUAAAGCAAAGUUCAAAGGGAAAGGCCACGAGGCUGAAGACUUGAAGACACUGAUCAGACACAUGGAGCACUGGGCUCACCGGCUAUUCCCUAAGCUGCAGUUUGAAGAUUUUAUUGACAGAGUUGAAAGCCUGGGAAAUAAAAAGGAAGUCCAGACAUGCUUAAAACGGAUCCGACUUGAUCUCCCUAUUCUACAUGAAGAUUUUGUUGGCAGUAAUGAUGCAGCGGAGGACGACGAUGGCCACAACGCAUUCACGACCGGGUUCGAUCCUUUUUUGACAAGCUCCUCUGAAGCUGAGAGGUUUGCCUUCGAGCCAAAUAGAAGCGUGACAGAAGAGCAGCAGCAGCGGAUGGAGAGAAACAAGCAGCUGGCCUUGGAAAGGAGGCGGGCGAAGCUGCUGGCUCCCAGCCCGGUGCCGGGAACCGACUCCUCCGUGCUGACACCCACGGCUGCACAGGCGGUGAGUGCGGGUGAGGCCCCAGAGGAGAUGGGGCCUGAUGGACCUGACACAGACCUUCUGGACAGUGCUGCCCACGAGGAGGCCUCGCCCCCGGAGACGGCGCCGCUGGACCCGUCUCUGUGAAGUGCCACGCGGUCUCACCCAGAAAGGUUCCGGGGGCCCUUCAACUAGGAAAAUUCAGCUAACUGGCUGUUGUCCAAGCUUGGGGUCACAGUGCCCUUCAUCUCCUUUAUCUCGCAGGAGGGAGGGGUCUGGUGUAGCAGACUUCUGCAGGGUCUUAUUUCAGACACUUACAGCUACUUUAUAAACGUUAGCCUACUUGUACUAUUGAGAGCUAUGUCCUGAGAGUGACUAAUGGCGAAUCGCUUCUGCUGUGUGCUCCUUGCUUUGGGAGCUUUAGGAAGGAAGGGCAGGUCUGGGGAGAUAGCUCACCCGGGCAGUGUGCUGCUGCUAGUGUGUGUGUGAGACACACACACACACACACGUGUGCGGGUUCCAGCCCAGCCUCCGAAGCACUGGAGGAAGCCUCGGUGUGUGGGCUCCUUCACUCUCCCUGCCUCACUGUCUGUUUUUUAAAAGGAAAUAAAAUUCAUACAGAUGA